AUGGCCGCUGUGGGACUCUGCACCCCCCUCACCCAACCGUACUCAGACCCCCUCCCUCCCAACCGUACUCAGACCCCCCCCUCCCAACCGUACUCAGACCCCCCCCUCACCCAACCGUACUCAGACCCCCCCCCCUCCCAACCGUACUCAGACCCCCCCCCUCCCAACCGUACUCAGACCCCCCCCUCACCCAACCGUACUCAGACCCCCCCCCUCCCAACCGUACUCAGACCCCCCCCCUCCCAACCGUACUCAGACCCCCCCUCUCCCAACCGUACUCAGACCCCCCCUCUCCCAACCGUACUCAGACCCCCUCCCUCCCAACCGUCAGACCCCCCCCCUCCCAACCGUACUCAGACCCCCUCCCUCCCAACCGUACUCAGACCCCCUCCCUCCCAACCGUACUCAGACCCCCCCCCCUCCCAACCGUACUCAGACCCCCCCCCUCCCAACCGUACUCAGACCCCCCCUCUCCCAACCGUACUCAGACCCCCCCCCUCCCAACCGUACUCAGACCCCCCCCCCUCCCAACCCUACUCAGACCCCCCCUCUCCCAACCGUCAGACCCCCUCCCUCCCAACCGUACUCAGACCCCCCCUCUCCAGCUGA